AUGGUAAAAUCAAAAGAAUACGUUCAAUCGUGGCUUAUUAAAGUUGGCUUCGAGGACUAUUGCCAGUGUUUUAAAGGUAUGUUUUCAUUUGAAAGCGCAUGAUAUCAUAUUUUCAGUUGGUCGCCGACAAACAGAGUUAUAACUUAUGGCGUUUACAUGCACGUUUUGCAAGUACGCGACGCUGUUUUUCGAUUUAAUUUACAGGUAACGUUCAUCCUGUUUAAAAUAUUUAGUUACGCUGUAAUAUAUUGGGUUAUUGUGUCUACAUAUAUUCUAACUUUCCUUCAUUGUUCUAUUUCCUCUCGCGCCACGCCAGGGUGCUCGUCGCGUUUUUCGGUGUGUGUUUGGCCUGAUAAAUGACUCGAAAUAACACCAUAUCGACCUGAAAAUUUCCCCACAUACUUACGUAACAUUUACUUUUAAAGUUUAUUACAAAAUAUAGACUAUGGUGUUUGCGCGCAAAAUCCUUUCUUUAAUCAAGUUGCCUCGCUGGUCGCCUGUUUGGCUGUUCGGUAAAAUUAAGUUUUGUGAGUUCAGUCUCAGAUGACAACAAUUUAUUUUUUAGAUAAUAUAAUUGAUGGACCUGCCCUUAUAGGUCUCACUGAACGAGCAUUAGAAUUGUUAGUUCCAUCAAUAGGGCCACGAAUGAAUUUCUUACAAAAACUGCCAACCCCAAGCGCCCAAACCUUUGGAGGCUACAACACCUCCGGCUACACUCAUUGAAGAUGACGUAAAUAAUCCUGACAACCAGUGCACAUCCACAGCAAUGCAAGAACAGCCUAGAAGCCCAACGGCAACACCAGAAUCUGAAGGAUCAAGGUUGGUUUUACUUUCAUCUGUUUGAGUGUUAAUUGCAGCAAUAGCACAGUAGUUUCUGCCUGAAAGUAUAAUUCUAGAAGUUUUACAUCUUGAAUAUUGUCAUUGCGCAUUGGGUUUUUUCAACCAGCUUUUGUCUUAGCCUAAUACUCUUAGGGGGAAUGCACAUGUAUAGCUAUCUUCUGUAAUGAUGAUUAUAAUAGUCAAGAGAAAACUAAGAAAUAGCCAAUAGGAUUGUAUAGGUAGUAUUAUAGUGUGUUUUCUGAUGCAAUUUUUUUUUGGGGGGGGGGGGACUGACGACAUGACAACAAAGAUGUUUUAUGUUUUCGCGCUAAUGCCACGUACUUCUCUUUGGGCAUUGACCAUUGUGCUUCUUUUUGACAUUGUAGUUCAAUAAUUCAAUAAAGAUUAACUCAAUCACUAAGUAUUAAAUAUUAGUUAUAAGCCUUAUGUUAUUAAACAAAAAUUAUUUUAAUUAUAUAAUGUAUUUCAAUUCACUUUAAAACAGGAUUUUUCUAAGAAACCUGUAGAAAAACCCCGUUUUAAAGGUUGCAUGGUUGUACACUUUCUGUGCUGACAAUUUUUAAUUUUUCCUGCUCAAAAUAGAGCAACUGGUUUGCAAGGGUACUAUUUAUUUACUGUAUUCUAUUAUUUCUACUCAUUUUAACCAAAAUUUAGAAAUAAAAUAACUGAAAACAUGCAGUUUGUAAUUGGCAACAAACUUAAAUAACAGUACAGUUUGUCUUGAAUUUUGACCUCAGUAUUGCUGUUUUUCAGCUUUUGUGUAAGGCCGGCACUUGCCGCCUUUAACCAAUAGCUCACUCAGGUGGCACAUUCCAGAGCCGCCUGUCAGUGAGAACUACUGAGACAUAAUUUAAGGCUUGUAUACAUUCAUGUUGAUGCAGUUUUCUGUUGUUGUGUAAGGUAGUUAUGCUGCCUUUUACCAGCACCUCUUUUGAGUGGCAUGUGAAAGCAAGCCGCUCAUGAAAGGGGAGAUGCAUGGCUGUAUACCUUCUGUGCUAAUGAUUUUUAAUUUUUCCUGCUCAAAAUAGAGCAACUGGUUUGCAAGGGUACUAUUUAUUUACUGUAUUCUAUUAUUUCUACUCAUUUUAACCAAAAAUUAGAAAUAAAAUAACUGAAAACAUGCAGUUUGUAAUUGGCAACAAACUUAAAUAACAGUACAGUUUGUCUUGAAUUUUGACCUCAGUAUUGCUGUUUUUCAGCUUUUGUGUAAGGCCGGCACUUGCCGCCUUUAACCAAUAGCUCACUCAGGUGGCACAUUCCAGAGCCGCCUGUCAGUGAGAACUACUGAGACAGAAUUUAAGGCUUGUAUACAUUCAUGUUGAUGCAGUUUUCUGUUGUUGUGUAAGGCAGUUAUGCUGCCUUUUACCAGCACCUCUUUUGAGUGGCAUGUGAAAGCAAGCCGCUCAUGAAAGGGGAGAUGCAUGACUGUAUACCUUCUGUGCUAAUGAUUUUUAAUUUUUCCUGCUCAAAAUAGAGCAACUGGUUUGCAAGGCCUAUUUAUUUACUGUAUUCUAUUAUUUCUACUCAUUUUAACCAAAAUUUAGAAAUAAAAUAACUGAAAACAUGCAGUUUGUAAUAGGUAACAAACUUAAAUAACAGUACAGUUUGUCUUGAAUUUUGACCUCAGUAUUGCUGUUUUUCAGCUUUUGCGUAAGGCCGGCACUUGCCGCCUUUAACCAAUAGCUCACUCAGGUGGCACAUUCCAGAGCCGCCUGUCAGUGAGAACUACUGAGACAGAAUUUAAGGCUUGUAUACAUUCAUGUUGAUGCAGUUUUCUGUUGUUGUGUAAGGCAGUUAUGCUGCCUUUUACCAGCACCUCUUUUGAGUGGCAUGUGAAAGCAAGCCGCUCAUGAAAGGGGAGAUGCAUGGCUGUAUACCUUCUGUGCUAAUGAUUUUUAAUUUUUCCUGCAUUAUUUACUGCCUUAUUUACUGCAUUCUAUUAUUUCUACUCAUUUUAACCAAAAUUUAGAAGUAAAAUAACUGAAAACAUGAGGUUUGUAAUUGGCAACAAACUUAAAUAACAGUACAGUUUGCUUUGAAUUUUGACCUCAGUAUUGCUGUUUUUCAGCUUUUGUGUAAGGCCGGCACUUGCCGCCUAUUUAAGGCUUGUAUACAUUCAUGUCGAUGCAGUUUCCUGUUGUUGUGACAGUUGUGUAUGCCGCCUUUAACCUGCAUGUUAAAACCAGCUGCUCAUGAAAGGGGAUGCAAUUAGAUGUAAACCUUUUCAUUCUGCACUGAUGAUUUUCAAUUUUUCCACCCUUGAGCAACAAAUCACUCCGGUUCAUGGCACUUGUUUGAGACACCUGAAUAGCUCCCCAGAAUAGCUCCCUGACAGAACAACAGCACUUUUAUCAGAACCUCUUUAACAUGGUUGAGAAGAUAAUAGGCUCCCAUGGGAAGAGAUGGAAACUAUAAUAGGCAUGCAUGGGAAGAGAUGGAAACUAUCAACAGUAAGUUUAAUGUGCCACCUAUGGUAAAAUACAACAUUAAGAAACUAUACAUGCUACGAUUAAACAGAAUAUUAAUUACCUAAAUGUUUAUUUACUUUGUUUUAGACGAAACUCUGGACAUUGCAAUGCUGGUUUUGCCAUUGCUCCAGAAGCUGAAAGCAGGAAAGGGUUGUCAGAGCGACUUUGUGCAAUAUAUCCCUGUAAGUAA